AUGGAACAUUUUAUUCAAGCGCCAUCGCCCCUCAAGCCGUAUCAAAAUCGAAGCUUAAGCUUAAAAGACAUGAAAACAGCCAGAUCGAACUCUGGUUCUGAUUUGUCAAAGUCUAAAAAGGCGAAGUUUUUAUCUGGCGCGCUUAAGAGUUCCAUGUCACCAUCAAGACGUCCGAGAUCCACAACGCCACUCAGUUCUCAAGUUUCUUAUGAUGAAAGUAGCUCCGACAGCAUCCUAAGGGAACGGCUAAAUCACUACGGCCUAGAUUACAUUGAUGAUCAAGAAGCGCAUUUGAAGGAAAUUUACGACCCAAAGUCCAAAUGGUUUUGUCGCGACAUUAAGCCGAAAUUUGUAAUCGAAAACUGCCUGCCUUACAAAAUCGAGAGCCACACGGAACAAGCAAAGUACCUCUGUCAUGUUCUAGUAAACCUUUAUAUCGCGAUAUGCUCCCUUGAUAUACAAGGCCUUAUUUCCAUAUCGAGUAAGGAUCUAGCGGAUCUAAAAGCAGAAAUCGAUGAAUUGGCUUUAAAUACCGACUUGUUCCGGCUUUCCACAGAUGACGAGGCCUCAUUCAAUGAUAUAAACAACUACGAUGAAGACGAGGACGAAGAUGAGGAGGACGAAGAGAUGGUAGAUUUUGAUGGCCCACAAUUCACUGCCACAGGAAAAAUAACUGCCAAGUCCGCCACUAUUGUUAAUGUCAAUCACUGGGCUAAUGAGCUAAAAAACUGUUUGCAUUUUGAGUUCCCCCUUAAGCUAAGAAAAGUGUUAGCCUCAACCUUUUAUUCCUUAUCGUUAGUGCAAGGUCAGAAAGUCUACAGAGUGAUGCAUGUUAAUAUUUUUGAAGCAUUAGUUAGCACUGAUGAUGAGCAAACUAACUUCACAGAGCUUCUUCUCGGGGAGGGUCUUGAGCUUGACUAUAGGCCAAUGAAAAAGUUUUUAGAUGAGUUUUUGCCGCCUCCAGAUUCGACCUGUACCCGUUAUGAAAUCUCCAGCAAGUCUGACAAUCAACUCUUUCGACUUCUUCUUAAACUUGCUCAUGCCGCAAAACCUUUUUAUGGCCUUAACGAUGAUAGCGUUUUGAAGGAUACUAUGGACCAUUAUAUUUCAAGCUUGUCUCCCACUACUGCUUACUGCGUAUUCCCUAUAAUAACGUCUUUCGUUCCAUAUCGCUAUCAAAAGAGCGCCAGCAUUACCGACUACUUUCCGCUCAUUUUCACCUUAUGGACCACUACAACUCCUUCUGUAGGGUUCGACACACACUUUUAUGACUUCAUCGGUUGCAUUGCGGAAGAUGCACUUAAUAAACUUUUGCAUGAGAAAGCACCCCAUUUACAAGUGCUAGGCAAUGUUUCGUUCAGGGAGUUUGGUCUCCUAACGGAAGACCAGAUUAACUUUAUUUUCAACAGAGUUCAAAAUCAUUUGAGAAAUGAUUUCCAGGUUGUUUCUUUUAGUCGAACAGUGAGGCCUCUUGUCUUCUCGAUGAACGGGUCUCGGAACCAUGAAUUUUUAGACAAACUGCAAGGCCUUGUUAAAUCAAUAGAAACCUUCGCUCAUCCAUCUAAUAAUGGGCCGUGGACGAAAGUAAUAGCUAAGUUCGUUCAUGGAUUUAUUAAAAUGUAUCAUGAAAGAGUCAAAAUGGAGAAAAAUCCCAAAGCCAAUCAUAGGUGCCAUCUGAAGCUCAAUUCUGCGUGCCAUACCCGAGUUGUCAAUAUUUUCCAGGAGGUUAUUUUUUUGGGAGCUCAGAAUAAAAAUUCCGAAAUGGCAAAUUAUUACAUUUCUUGUCUCGCAUAUCUGCUAGACAUCAAUCCAGGAAACAAAGACUUGGUCUUCAGUAAGGUCGUAUUGGAUCUUUACGAUUCUUUGGGUGAUUUAUAUGUUCACUCGGUUCACCGGCUUGUUUCUUCACUCAAGCAGUUCACUAAAGUUGCUAGAUUUAUGAUUGAGGACCACAUCUUUCGCGUCCACAUCACAAACAUCCUGUUUAUGCUGGUUUCAAAAAUCGAUUAUAAUGACAUAUUGCUUACCAGCAAUAUUAUUAAUUGUAUUGUUUCCAUAGCUUCGUUUGUGCCUAUCGAUAACUUGGUUUCUGAAGAUGACCACCUUAGUUUCACGUCACACGCUGCUCCGUUCAUUGAGAAACAUGUCUUCUUUCUCAAAUACAACAAGGAGCUUGAUAGUUUUGAGUACGAUAAAUCUGAACUAGUCGCUGCAUUCAAAGCCUCGACCACAAUUUUUGAAGAUGUUUUAAAAAUUUAUCUCAACAAAGUGAUUCAAUUAGUUGACAGCGACUUAGAAGAAGGUUUUAUUAGCAAGGUUAAUCAGACUACUAUGAUUAUGAUGGAGUCAAUGCCAGACCCUAUGUUCAAGUACUUUUCGGGUGUGUUGGAAAGGACGUUUUGGGAAAACGACUAUUUCAAAGAAAAGCAUCCAAACUACGAACUGAUUACGAUUCCACUUGGUGCUGCUGCAAGAAGGGAGCCGGCAAUCGGGGCAAAACUUUUUUCGACCCUUUGUGUGAACAUAAAGGACCAGAUAGCGAAAGGAGCUGGCUCAGUUCGUAGUUCAUCGGAAAUUCAACAUCGGGAUGUCAAACUGCUUACUUACCUAACUGCUCUUAGCGACAUUCUCAGACAAGCUCACUCAUCAAUGCUAAGUUAUCGUGAAGAGCUCAAAGACAUACUGUUCUUCAUUUUUGAUAAUAUAACAAAUCCUCCGCUAGAUGUUCAUACAUCAUUGGUCCUUCAUAACGUUUUGACUAGUCUUUCAUCUACAGAGGUCAUCGAUUACAGACUCUAUCCAGAGAAAUGCAGCAUGCCUCGAGAUGAAAGGUGGGGAGGAUUGCAAUUUGAUUCGAAAAGAUUUUCGAAAGAAAUGAUGACUUUUAAGUGGCAUGUUCCCUCCAAACUCGAAGUUGAGUUUGGUACUGAGCUCCUUGAAAAUUUUACUGAUUACUGUUCCACGAACAUAUCAGAGAUGAUGAGAUCUCCGCAUACAGAUUCAGCUUACAGCGACAAAAUGAAAAAGUACAUUUUAAUUGUCACACACGCGUUAUCAGGCGCAAGCCUAUUGUUUGAUGCCGACUACAGCAAAAACAAAACUGAAAUUUUACCUGUGGACUCUUACAAGGCUAAGCUUUUGCUUUUGAAGAGCGUUCGAGACAAAAUAUGUGAUUCUCAAGAGCUGAAUAUGGACAUUGAACAAAUUAGAAAUGAUACUAAAGCUGAUUCUGAAGCCGAAAGCUCGAUUGACCUCUCUGAAGAUGGUCUGGAUGAAAUACAAUUUACUGAAGGUGGCGAAGGUUCACUCGGGGGAAAUACGUUAUUCGAUGGAGUUUCUUCAGCUGCUCCCUCAGGCAUUGCAACUCCUGAGCCAGGGUCACGUCACCACACCUACGGCGUUGAAUCAGCAAUAAACAGUACUUUGGCUAUGAGAGAUCUGGAUAUUAUGGGUUGCAACUAUUUCUUUGGAUCUGACAAAAAUAAGAAAAUGGAAAACUUCACAUACCUAAAAAUUCACUCAAUAAGAUCCAAAAUUGGUUCUCUUUUUCACAAACUAUUCAAGUUUUUCUCCGCUAAUUUCGAGGACAAUACUAUUUUGUUCAAAAUUCUAUUGCAUGGUAUAAAGGUCUGGUUUACUGAUAUUGGCCAAGAGACGAUUUUUGAUGAAGAACCCACGUCGUUUUUGGAUCUCGAGUUCGUUGAAAAUAUUCAAAACCUGUCGCAUGUUGAUGAUCCAUACACGAGAACGUGUUUUGCUGCAAAAGCGCAUGCGUUACACGAAAUGAGAGUUUUGCUACAUUCUACGAACAGAACUCCUUCUAAGCUUGAAAAAGUGCUUUUGAAUGAUGUUCUAAGAUUAUCUACAUCUCUUUACCCCACAAUUUUCAAGCCAGCUCAAGGGUGCUUGGCCCAUGCAAUGAAACAACUGAUUGGCUCUUAUUCAAUGAUAAUGAAAUUUCUAUUAACGUCAUUGGAGUCUGCAAUGAAUGAAGGAAGUUAUAAAAAAGUGGAAGUGAUGCUUGAAGUUUUGCUUUUGAAAAAAAUCCAUAGGAAGAUCAUGUCGGAUUACAAAAACUUGGAAGAGAUUGUCAACUUGCUGAUAAGAGCUUGCCGUGUAAAAGAUUUCAAUGUUUCAAAAUAUGCUGACAGCAUUCUGACAGAUAUCGCGCUAUCUUUGAAAGUUCCUUCCAGUGUAUGUUUACUUGACAUGAAGACAAUCGAAGCUCUCAGGCCGGCAGACAAAUCGAUAGGCCAACAAGUAGAUGCUGUCAAGAAAGCGAAAGACAAAAAGAGAUACAGCUAUAUUUCACUUCUCUCUCAUCUUCAGGAUUCCUUGAUUAACACACUCUCUUCUGGGUCAGACCUUGGAUGGAAGAUACCGGUAUUCAUAAUGAAGCUGACUUAUAGACUCCAAUCAAACCUUGAACUACCUCCAAGUGAAAAUGUUCUCCCUUGUCUUUACGAAAUGACAAAGACAAAGCACCCCGUUAUGGUCCACCUUGCAAUCAAGACCCUUUUAGGAAUGUGCAACAAAAUCAUCUCCUUGGGAGAAUUUAAUUACGAAAUCAGGAACGCUUUUGAUUUUGACUUCAUGAAAAACAACAUUGAGCUAAUCAAGACCGAUACUGCCAACUUCAAUAGCUAUUUCAAAACUGAAAUGAAAAACUUCGCAAACCCCAACUUUUUUAUUGAUUCUAAAGCCUAUGUUGGGUACAUCGCUUGGGGAAGAAGUCUGAAAGUGAUCAAAAGUUCAAACGAAACGAAGUUCAACCUCAAGGAGAAAGAAAUAAACUGCUUGAACCUUUUCGGCCAACUCAUAGAUAAGGAAUGGGUUCUUCAGAUUGCCAAAGUUUUAAUUCAAGAUAAUGAAAACAAAGGAGUCUUUAGCAACGCAAACAUCGAGUUUUUCGAGCUACUUGUAUCAUUGAUUACUAACUCCUGCACCGCACUGAAGUAUGAGGACCUGCUCAACUUGUGCCGGACUCUAUAUGACAAGAGUGAUAAAGCAUCAAUGAUCAUGAGCGUUGAGAUAAUGGCUGGUCUUAUCGUUGCUUCAAAAAUAACAUCCUCGAACGACCUUGAAAAAAGAGAUAGCUUUUUGGUUGGGUUUUUUGACGAAUGCCUGGACCAUGAACUUAACCAGGAUGCUGUAGAUAUAUGGUCUAUUGUUUGCUGGUGGCUCCCAACGUCGGUCGAUAUAAGAAGAUGCGCUCCUCUUUAUCGAAAGCUUUUCAAAAUCAAGAAUGUUUUAGACACUGCAUCUGAUUCAUCUGCUGAUCAAGCAUCUAAAAUUUCCUUGUUAAGAAAUAUGAUGUUGAGCCUGGACUUCAAAACUCCUGUGGCUGAAGAACUAAUUCCUUUCUUAACUAUUGAUCAUCCAUACGACCAAGUUCGACAAUCAAUCUCGAAGCUACUGUCUACGCUUUUACAAAGCCAGAUAAGCCCAUGUUUCUCCUCGACCAGCAAGCUCGUGAAAUUUACAAGCAAUGAGACGGGGCUGGGGCGUAUGAUUAGAAAUAUUCCUCGUGCGUUUGAUGACAAACUAAAAGACACGUUCAAUGAAAUAGAGAAGGAACGUGGUGCUAUUACAAACCUUCCUGCUCAAGAAGUGCUGAAAACUAGGUACUAUUAUAUGACUGCAACAAUGUUGAAUUGGAUUACGGAGUUGAUGAAGGGUCAAAACAGCGUAAUAUUGGUACUGUACAUGGAAAAAUAUCUGGCUCCAUUUUUGAUGAAUCUGAUAAGAAUGAAGGACGUUUGUAACUUGGCUAAUCUCGAGCCUACUACGUGUUACAUUGCUAUUUCAUUCUGGCCUUUAAGGAAGGAGUACAUUUCCAUCAUGAUGCGGGUCAUAGAAAACAUGGAUAUGCAGACAUCUCAUGAGAUAAGAGUUCAACUUGUAUUUGCCGAAAACUUCUACUCUAAAAACAUGCUGCAGCUCUCUAUGGACCAGAAACAGUCCAUUUUACGUUUUGUCGUUAACCAGAUUUAUAAUCGGCACUUCGUCGAGGUUCGUCUCCGCGCCGCUGAGGUGCUGUCCGGGAUCAUCCACACUUUGAGCGAUACAGAAAUACCCAACAAACUUAUUGAUGAGUUUGCCAAUGGUCUUGGAAAUCAUUCGUUUGCAAAUAAAAAAAAGCUUUCGAAGACGAACUCACAGAUCCAUAGCUGCGUAAUAGGCCUUGGUGCUAUCAUUUCAGCAUUUCCGUACGUCUCCCCGCUUCCACAAUGGAUUCCCAGCAAGCUAAGUAGUCUAUCCUCAUGGGCUCGCACUAGUGGUAUGUCAGGAACAGCUGCCAAGGAAAUCAUAAGUGAUUUCAAAAAAGUUAGGGCUGACACAUGGCAUUUGGACCGUGAGCAAUUUAGCUAUGAUGAGCUAGAAGACCUUGAAGGGGUCUUGUGGAGAAGUUACUACGCUUAG